UAUAUCCUUAGUACAUGUAUGUGUAUAUUGGAUUAUGUGUUUACCUUGUAAGAAUAAAAAAGUGUGUUCCCAAACUCCUUUAAAAAAGGCUGAUUCUUCUUUCCUAGGAGGUAGCCAGAACAGAGAGCUGUAAACUCCUUGAAGUGCAGGAGGCUGCUUCUGGUACCUGAGAGGCUCUCACUCAACUUUGCCUCCUUCGCCUUGUGAUUUCACCAUUCCAGACUGAAAUCAUGGCAGGUCCAGAAACUGAGGCCCAAUUCAUUUUCGCCGGCAUCAAAAAAUACUUCAGCUCUUACACUCUCACAGGGAGAAUGAAUUGUGUACUGGCCACGUACAGAAGCGUUGCUUUGAUAGUCUUAUACUUCAAGUUAAGGUCUAAAAACACUCCAGCUGUGAAAGCAACAUAAAUUCUAAACUGUACCUCAUCUGUUAAGGUCUCAUCCCUGAAGAAGCUAGUGUCAGCUCAUCUUGUGAUACUCAGUUUGUACAAUAAAUUACGAACCUGAGGGAAAGAAAAAAAAGACUGAUUCUUGUAUAGCCAUGGUAAUAGUCCCCAGAACCAGUUUUAAAUCUGCUUACUUAAUAAAUGACAGUUUUUUAGAACUAGUUAAACCAAUAACAGCUUCCCUUAGAGGCUUGCAAACUCCUAUUCACUGAAAGUCCACCAGCCACUGAACUCCACACUUCCUCCCAAACCCUUUGUAAGAUUAGUCAUGUACUUUUCUUAGAGGCUCAGAGGAGCUGUGCCUGACCAGCAGAGUGCUCCCUGAAGUAAGUAACUAUUAUUUAGCUUUGUGUUUUUUGUUUUG